GACGGAUAAACUGGGCCGGCCGGGCUCACGGGAAUUUCAGGAACGGGACUGGAGGUCCCCGAGCGCGGGGCGUAGCUGUGGCUCUGGCGGAGGAGCCGUCCGCUCUCCCGCAGGCGCUCAGGCAGCGCGAAGGGCAGCCCGGCGGCGCCAGGUCCCCGGGGUCCUCAGAGGCGCACGCGGGGCUGCGGGGCUGCGGGCCGGAGCGCGGGGCGGGCGGCGGCGGGGCGAGCGACCAUGGGCGGCCUGGAGAAGAGGAAGUAUGAGCGUGGCUCUGCCACCAACUACAUCACAAGGAACAAGGCCCGCAAGAAGCUGCAGCUGAGCCUGGCCGACUUCAGGCGGCUGUGCAUCCUCAAGGGCAUCUACCCCCACGAGCCCAAGCACAAGAAGAAGGUGAACAAGGGCUCCACGGCGGCCCGCACCUUCUACCUCGUCAAAGACAUCCGGUUUCUGCUGCACGAGCCCAUCGUCAGCAAGUUCCGGGAGUACAAGGUGUUUGUGCGCAAGCUGCGCAAGGCCUACGGGAAGAGCGAGUGGGGCACCGUGGAGCGGCUCAAGGACAACAAGCCCCACUACAAGCUGGACCACGUCGUCAAGGAGCGGUACCCCACGUUCGUGGACGCGCUGCGGGACUUGGACGACGCACUGUCCAUGUGCUUCCUUUUCUCCACCUUCCCGCGCACCGGCAAGUGCCACGUGCAGACCAUCCAGCUGUGCCGGCGGCUGGCCGUGGAGUUCCUGCACUACGUCAUCGCGGCCCGGGCCCUGCGCAAGGUCUUCCUGUCCAUCAAGGGCAUCUACUACCAGGCCGAGGUGCUGGGCCAGCCCAUCGUGUGGGUCACCCCCUACGCCUUCUCCCAUGACCACCCCACAGAUGUGGACUACAGGGUCAUGGCCACCUUCACUGAGUUCUACACCACCCUCCUGGGCUUCGUGAACUUCCGCCUCUACCAGUCACUCAACCUGCGCUACCCCCCGAAGCUCGAGGAGGACUUGGCUCACGCCGCUUCCAAGACCAGGGAGGACGCCUACGCCUUGGAGUCUGAGAGCUCCAUGGAGAAGCUGGCGGCCCUCAGCGCCAGCCUGGCCCGCGUGGUGGUGCCGGCGGAGGAGGAGGAGGCGCAGCUGGAUGAGUUCCCUGCCGACUCGGAGCCGGCGGCCCAGGAGGAGCGGCAGCAGGAGCUGGCGGCCCAGGAGCAGCACAAGAAGCUGUUUGAGGGUCUGAGGUUCUUCCUCAACAGGGAGGUGCCCCGGGAGGCCCUGGCCUUCGUCAUCAGGAGUUUCGGGGGAGAGGUGUCGUGGGACAAGUCCGUGUGCAUCGGGGCCGCGUACGAUGCCACCCACCCCGGCAUCACCCACCAGGUCGUGGACCGGCCCGGCCAGCAGACCCCCAUCCUCGGCAGGUCCUACGUGCAGCCGCAGUGGGUGUUUGACUCCGUAAACGCCCGGCUGCUCCUCCCGGUGGCCGAUUACUUCCCCGGGGUGCAGCUGCCCCCGCAUCUCUCCCCCUUCGUGACGGAGAAGGAAGGCGAUUACGUGCCCCCCGAGAAGCUGAAGCUCCUGGCCCUGCAGCGGGGAGAGCAGCCUGGAGAUGAGGAGGAGGAAGAGGAAGACAGCGAAGUGGGAGAGCCGGAGGACGAGGAGGAAGAGGCAGAGGCUGGCGAAGAGGAGGAGGAGGAAGAGGAGGAGGAGGAGCAGCAGGAGGAGGCCCGGCUGAGGGCCCUGGAGGAGCAGAGGCUGGAGGGGAAGAAGCCCAGGGUGCUGGCGGGCACCGUGACGCUGGAGGACAAGCAGCGGCUGGCGCGGGAGGAGGAGAGCGAGGCGCGGCGGCUGGCCAUCAUGACCAUGCGGAAGCGCGAGAAGUACCUGUACAACAAGAUCAUGUUCGGGAAGAGGCGCAGGACGCGGGAGGCCAACAAGCUGGCGGAGAAGCGCAAGGCCCACGACGAGGCUGUGAGGGCCGAGAAGAAGGCCAAGAGGGCCGGGUCGCUGUGAGCCGCGCUCGGCGUCUGGGGCGAGAGCUGGCGUGGCUGCUGACCGGUGCCCCCCACCCCCCAGCCCCCCGUAGCUCCUUGCUGCCACUAGGCAGAGCCUUCAGUGCCCGCUGCCUGCCCCACGCGGCUCCCCCAGCUCUCUGCAGAGCACCCCCAGCACGUGCCUGGCUCCCCCAGCUGCCCAGCCACAGCGUGUGGCGGGAAUCUUAUUAAACGGCUCGUUUUAUAGCCA